AAUAAAUACCUCACAACAAAUAUAACUUGAAAACCAUUCAUAUAUACGCGAAUCACACAAAAAGAUCACUUACAAUUAAGGAAUUGAGCGGGCCAAAGAGAACCGUGUCGAAUUUUAGACUUGGCCUAAAAAGGGAGACCACCUGUUAUGAAUGUAAACAAACUCGCCGUAGAUCUAGAUCGAUUUGACAGUGUAAGGCCAAAAUGUCAGAAAAUAUUAUUAAAACUGAAAAGGGAUACAACCUUUAUUGUAGAUAUUGGAAUGAAGACAGCAAAUAUGCAAGAGAAGAUAUAAAGGCCCUGUUGUUUAUAGUGCAUGGCUAUUGUGAACAUUGCUUGUUCUAUAAUGAGUUAGCAGAGACACUGAAAGAGCAAGGCUUGUACGUGUUUUCACAUGACCAUGUUGGCCAUGGACAGAGUGAGGGUACUAGGGCACAUGUCGGUGAUUUCAUGGAGUAUGUACAAGAUGUCUUCUACCACAUAGAACUCGUAAAAAAGAAGUUUCCACAGAAACCUGUCUUUCUUCUUGGCCAUUCCAUGGGUGGAGCCGUGUCAAUACUGGCAGCCAUUUCCAAGCCAAACUACUUCAAAGGGAUCUUACUGAUAGGCCCUCUAAUAACACCAGACAAAAAGUCAGCAACGCCUUGGAAGAUUGCUGCUGGGAAAAUAGCUGCAAGGUUUAGACCACAGAUGAUUGUUGCAAAAAUUGAUCCUCUCAAAGUGUCGCGGGAUGCGGUUUUUGUCAAGCGUUAUAAGGAAGACCCGUUGGUGUGGCAUGAGGGUGUCAAAUGUGGGUGGGGCGUUGCAAUGCUUCAUGCAUUGUCACAGAUCACCUCCAGUUUCCAAGACAUGACACUGCCGUUCAUCGUACUUCACGGGUCAGAGGAUACAAUAUGUGAACUUGAAGGCUCCCAACUCCUGUAUGAUAAGGCAGCCAGCAAAGACAAGCAGAUCAAAAUAUUUGAUGGAGCUUUCCAUCAAAUCCACAACGAUACACCAGACGUGAAAAAGGAAACGAACAAGACCAUUUCACAGUGGAUAGCAGACAGGCUUUAGAGAUGCCUAUUCAAUUGCCAUAUAAUAAUGGAGCGCUUUCAAAUUGUAAUGUAUCUAUUGCCUUGUGUUUUUAAUGUUGCAAAAUAGCUGUCAGCUUAGUGUUUUUAGAGCCUGUACGUAGUAGGCAUGAUCUUCAUAGAUAAACAGUCCUAGCUGAUAUACAGUACAAUCUUAUUUUGUUUGAGCUAGCAAUGCUUAUUUAUUAUGUUUUAUAUUUUAAAAGUUUAUAUAUUGUUUUAAGGAAUUUAUACACAAAUUUUUACUUUUUCUUUAUAAUAAUGAAUUUAUGUCAGAAGUGAUGAGUUUUAGAAUAUGUUUAUGCCCCCCUAAUAAAAUUUACAUGGAUAGAUCUAAAUUUGACCUUUUUCUCAACCUCCUCUCCUCAUGGCCACUUAAUUUCAUCUCAUUAUGUCUCGACAUAGCUAUUUAUUCUAGGGGGGGGGGGGGCUAUUUUAAAUUAUAAUAAUUUUAUCAAAAGAAUCUCAUGUACAUCAUAUAUGUUUAUUUUUGUGGCUGAAAACAUAGAACAUUGCAUAUUACUGCACCCAUGUAUGCCAUCCGUCAUGGUAAAAUUGGACUGAUGCCAUAUGUGACCACCAUAGCUCCAGACCAUCCUGCGCGUAUGCUCAGUAUAGUAAGGGGCUACCCUGUUUCGCUAUUGCAACUACGAAACCUCGUGUUUCUUAACAGGGGACAGCGUAGCUCCGUUGCUGUAAACAUAGAACAUUGCAUAUUACUGCACCCAUGUAUGCCAUCCGUCAUGGUGAAAUGGGACUGAUGCCAUAUGUGACCACCAUAGCUCCAGCCCAUCCUGCGCGUAUGCUCAGUAUAGUAAGGGGCUACCCUGUUUCGCUAUUGCGACUACGAAACCUCGCGUUUCCUUACAGGGGACAGCAUAGCUCCUUAUCAGAGGCUGGACUGGAGCUUUUUAUUUUUAAUGGUUCACAAAAUAAACUUUCUUCAUAGAGACAAGUAUUCUGCUACAAGUAAGAUUCCCAUGCCCAUUCUUGGAUAAUUAAAAAAUAUGUUUAAUAGUUAUCUUGUUUAACUCUGUCAUAAAUGCAUACAUGCAUACAAGUACUUAUUACCGGUAUGCUUUAAAAAAAACUUAUUUUCAACUUAUACAAAAGUUAUAUUUCCUGUUACUGUUAUAUUUACGGACAAUUAUAAAUACAUUAUUUUAUUCCAAUUUAUCAAAAUAUGAUUAGAUGAUUACGUUGUUAAAAUGUUAUUGUAAAAUAACCAAACGAAUCUCGUAUAAUUCGUCAUUUGUUUGUUUGUGUAUUUUUUGUGUGUGGAGAAAACUAUUUAAGCUUAGUAAGCUUGCUAAGAUUUAUGGUGUUCCAGUAGUAAACAAAGCAUUGUAGGAUUCAUUUUCUUAUACCAGUUUACUAAUCAUGUUUUUUUUUUUGUUUUUUUUAUUUAACUUUAAUCAUUAUGUAACAUGACGCAUUUGACUUUACUGUCAAUUGUAUUAGAAUUGCAUCAUGAAAAUGGGUCUUAUGCGAUAUGCAGCAAUCACAGCCAGUGACUAGCUUGCGCAUCUGGGGACCAUUUCAAUAAACAUCGUAGUACACAUUUGCGAUAUGAUACAUUUUUCGAAGAUACAUAAUUGCUAAAGUCCAUAUCAUAUUGUUAUAAAUUUUCAGAACUUUAUGAAUUACAUUGGCAUCUCAAGCGCCGUAUAUAUUUGACGAGCAUGGCGCGCUAGUUCGUCUACUUAUUAAGAUACAAAAUUCUCUCGUAAGUUAAAAUUGUCGUACGAUCGUUUAUGAAACUGCCCCCUGGUCAGUAGUACCCUUUGGGAUUUAAAGUCAUGCAAGGUUUCAUAGUCUUAGUAGCUGACAUGUUAGCUUCUGACCAGACUGCGUAGGUGUGUCUGGAGGAGCUACGAUUGCCGCAUAUUGAAAGUGAUCCAUUUUUCAUGAUGCAGCUCAAAGAUGCAAGUAUCGAUUCGGUUGUAUGGACAGUGUUAUUCCGUUAUUCUGAUAAUUAUUUGCAAAUAAUCUGUAAAAAUAUAUAUUUUAUCUGUGUCAGAAACUUGCCAAUUCAUUGAUUGGUUAUUAUGUACAUUGUAAGAAAACCACAUUAAUGCUAUAUACUGGACAUAUAACAAUGGAUUCAUUUGUAGAAUAAGCAUGCUGUAUACAGUUGAACUAAAUCGGAGUUACAAUUCUUGUACACAUUUCAUAAGUUUUUAGUAUAAUAUUGGUUGCGUGUUAUUGUAUAUCAUAUUAUGAAAAUACUUUUUAUUUACUUUUUUACUUCCAUUUUAUUAAAUAAACACUCAAAUGCAGUUUUAUUUUAUAUAUGUUAAUUACAUGUUUAUAUAGUUUUAUAAUAUGUGUCGCGUUCUGAGAAAACGGGAUUUAAUGCAUGUGCGUUAAAAUGUCAUCUCAGAUUAACCUGUGCAGUCUGCACAGGCUAAUCAAGGACAAUACUUUCCGUCUAAAUUGGAUUUUUGCAAAGAAGAGACUAUUUCAAUGCAAAAUUGUGAUAAAAGCAGAAAGUGUCGUCCCGGAUUAGCCUGUGCGGACUGCACAGGCUAAUCUGGGACGACACUUUACGCAUAUGCAUUAUGCCCAGUUUUCUCAGGACUCAUAUUGUUUGUAUGAAUACUUAAAUUUGCUCACCAAUACUAUUGAUAGGUAACUAUAGAAAUUAUCUCCAGAUCUGUUCUUCCAUGUUUCUACAUAUCGUGUUCACAUUUUGACCAACAUUAAGUGUUACUUAGGCUAAAUCAUCUUACAUUAGUUUCACGAACACUUCUGUACCUCGAGUUAUAUUGUGUAUCAAAUAUAUCUUUUAAUUUUUACAA